GCCGUAUUGCCUGGCCCUGCCGUCCUAGCUGCCAACGUCGACACACAGCCAUCUGGACAGUGGCCCAUGGCUCGCGACGACGCGAUAGCCCAGUCUAGCCUCGAUUCUGGAACAUUGGCUUUCGACGGCCACCUGGGCAAUGAGUCAAGCGCACGAAGCCGGUCUUACACAUCACUGAUGCGGAAUAAAUGUUUGGUGUGAAAUUACGCUGCCGUCUCGCUUCCUUAAUGAUUGAUGACGAAGGCCAUCAACACGCAACUGUGCGCACAAUCUCCCGAUGUGUAAAUCUCCUUGAAUGAAUGGAAUGGUUGUUGUGUUUUCGCAAGCGUGCGCCCAGGCGCACUUGCCUUACAUUAAUUACCCAUGGCUCAUGCCAUCGAUGUCAUCUGCCGCGUGCGAUCAGAUGUCAUCGUCUCUUGCUUCACCUUCAGUUGAAACAGCGUUGGAGUCUGCCCCAAGAUGUACGUACUGUCGCGAUACUUUGGCUUGACGUCGCGCAAGCUUUCAGAAGUCCGCCGACAAUGAACGGAGGCAGGUACGAAGCGUUUCCCGUGCAGGUACAAAUCGAGCUGUACAUUGGGCAGGCUUCACACAAUUUAUUAGCCGUCCAUCCAGGGUCUCGUCGCCCUGGUGUCACAUUUUGUCAAUAGGAAUAACAGCAAUGAUUGAUUCGGUGUUUCGACAUUUGCAAGC